AUGGGGGUGUCUGCCAUCCGAGUUGCGGGCUGCAUCGCCGCCCUGUACAGCCAGCGUCGUCUGGUCGGAGAUAGGAACAGACUGCCCAUCAUGCAGUUCAGCACACAGCAGAGACCGAUCCUGGAAGCCCUGGCGCACGGGGAAGUCUUGCAUGCAUAUGCCAAGUGGAGCGUUGGCGAGUUCACCAACCACAAUCACAACGCAGACGUCCGCCGAGGGAUCGCCACCGUCUUCAAAGUCUUGGUUGUGCGAUCGUCUCGUCUACUUCACGAGCUGGCGGAGCGAUGUGGCUGGCAGGGCCUGUACGCGCACAAUCAGAUCACCGAACUCGCAUCAACCUUCCAGGGGAACUCCGUGGCCGAGGGCGACACUCUCGUUAUAAGUAUUCGUCUCGCUUCAGAACUCCUCAUGAGCAGAUAUGGCCUUCCACAACCGACUGAUCCGACAGGAUCUCUUGCCAUGUAUGAAGCCGGGAUGAUCGAAGAGGUUGCGAGAGACAAAAACCUUGCACUCGGCGACUCCGGCAGCUUGAGGGGCACGACUUAUAACAACAGCGUUCUCCCUCGAUGCAGAGCAAUGGUGGAGGCCAUUGGACAGCGCAUGGCUUACGAGGCAGCCCGGGCGCAAGGCAACAUCGCGCCCGAGGUGCUCAACGCUUUUGAAAAGUCUUGCAUUCAGAAGGAUCCAUCCUGGUUUGUCGAACAUUGCCACGGCACUCGAUCUGCGUUGCGGGACGACGAGAACAGGGCAUACUCCAACUUGUUGCCCCUCUUGCCCACGCUGAUGGAAAGGGCCAAUGCUAAAGACUACAUCACGGCGCCGUUGGUUGAAAAGGGAGACAUGGAGGACUUCAUCAAGACCCUGCCGGCUUUUGGGGCUCGUACGGACGACGUGGUAGCAGAGCGGGCCCCAAAGUCCAGACUUUGA